AUGGCGAAGCAGGAUGAUGGCCUCUUUCUCCUGGAAGUACUUAUCGACAAAAUAGUAUUUGUCAAGAGUCCUUGUUUUUCUGACAAGGACUUCAGGACCUGUGUGACUAUAGAAGUUCCAUCAGUCCAACCGUUAGAAAUAUGUGAUGACGAUCCUGGAGCAUGUGUAGCUAAAAGUGGAGGACCUUUUGUGAAAACCUUCAACAGCGGCAAAUCAUGUCUGUUUUCACUUCAAGAAGGAGACAUUAGCAAAGCCAUGAGUACCUUUCCUAUAAAAGUAUCAGUAUUCAAGUCACUUCCAUGCGGUUGUCUACCUACGAAAAUCAUAAUGGGAGAAGCUGUAAUAGAUAUGACAAAGGAAUUUGUACAAUCUCGUAAAAAGUUUUUAGAAGAUCCAACAAAUGUUAGCUACGAAGCUUUGAAAGAUUCAUUUCGUAUCGUCGGUCCAGAUGGAAGCGAGACCGGUGAAGUAGUCAUGUUUUUACGCAUCUCUUGCUUUGGAAAAUUAAUUAUUACACGUUUCCAAGGUGCGAGUGCACCCCCUAAGUUAGGAGGCGGUCGUGAUCCUGCUAUUGUGGACAGGUCAUGUAAUCCAAAGAGAGAAUUCCAAACGUCUCAAGAUCCUUGUGUUUGUGGCGCCGCACAAGCAGCUGCGAGCAGUAGAGCACACGGUUCAGUACCUUGUACCGCUCCCUGCAGGACACCUGGUGGACGCGGGGUUUGUCCAAUUGCUCAAGAUCCAUACAGUACUAUGCCAUGUGAAGAUCCAGAUGACCCUUGCUACUGUUCAGGCGCUAAGCCUCCUCCGAAACCACCAAUGAUGUGCAGAAACACUGAACAAUACUGUUUACAUAUUCCCAAAGGUGCCCUGCCGAGCUUCCCGAUUUAUCAAGAUUUGACGGAAGAUCAAAUAACGAAAAUAAAAUCAGCAAAGGAAUUGAAACUGCUUCAUAUAGAAGACCAUUUCUUCAAUGACUUCAAUAUCGGAUCAUCAAUACCGUGUUCUGAAACAACGACUGUAGUUGAAGACUAUUCACAAUCAUUACCCGAGAAAAUAAAGUUCUCAGAUGAAUCAUUUCGAACAAAGUUAGAUCAUUCACUAACUUCUCUGUGUACCAUCAGGUCUAAGAGGCGCAGCGUAUCGUUUUCCGACAAGAUAGAUUAUGUUUCGAAGUCUUACAGCCACUUCACGCAACACCGAAAGAGAUGCCAUCGCUCUAUCACACCCACGAGCAUAUUUGGUAAAAAGGAAACUACUGUUUAUAUGACGCUGUUUGAUGAGUUCUGCCGCCGUCGCACUUCGGGAACACAAGCCACAGCUUCCGUUAACAAAUGUUUCCAAGCGUCCCAUACUAACGCCUCCAGCCAUAACACCGCCUGUUGUUAUGACCAAAAUACCAGUAAUAGUUCAACUUUUAAUUCUUCGACAUUACCUUUUGGAAGCCGAAGGCAGUCCAUGCAGGAUAGCCGCGUAAGAUAUUCAGAUAUAUAUUAUUUCGGAAAAAAGAAUGAUAGUAAGGGGAUGGGAUCUAAAAAAACAGUACAAACUGUAAACACUGCAACUGCUGCGAGUGAACCAGUAGCAUCAAGUACCGCCUCCAUACAAGCAAAAAUGCCAAACAACGCUAUGGGUGCACAAACUAGAAGAUCCUGUUGUGGGCCUACGAAUGGCAAAACGGUAUCAAUUAACGUAAGACCUUGCCCAGGUACUGUUGGUGCCACCAAGGGAGAUAUGGUUGCUACUAUCUCUCAUAUAAAAAUUGUACCCCGAGAACCAUGUCCAGUUCACGGUAAAGACCCAUGUCAAGGGCCAAAGUGUAUGGUUGCUGCAUCAGGUCAGGAUGAUCAGGUGCCUGUUAAAGUAUCCACUAUGACAAAUCCCCGCCGAGGUGUUUUUGAAUUAGUAAUUCGUAGGAUGAAUGGAGCUCCACUUGCAAAGAAUGAACUAAUGCUAGAAUGGACUCCACCACCAGCUCGCCCACCUAAUUGCUUGUCACCAUGUAUCAUGUCCUGCCCUCCCGGUCCUUUUUGUCGUCCGUCAAGAUGCAGGAUACCUUGCAGCCCCUCGCCUUGUAGGCCCCCAAAAUGCUGUAAAAAACCUUGUAAAAGGCCAUGCGGGCCGCCCUGUCGAACGCCAUGUAGAACGCCGUGUCGAACGCCGUGCAGAACGCCUUGUAGAACGCCUUGCAAAUCGCCUUGCAAAAGCCCUUGCAAAGUACCAUGUAAAAUACCAUGUAGAACUUCAUGCAUAACGCCAUGCCGGACGCUAUGCGUGACGCCAUGCCAAACGAUAUGCCGAACGCCAUGUCAAACUCCAUGCCCAACGCCAUGUCAAACUCCAUGCCAAACGCCAUGCAAAGCACCAUGCCGAACGCCAUGCAGAACACCUUGCCGAACACCAUGCCGAAUACCAUGCCGAACACCAUGCCGAACACCAUGCCGAACACCAUGCCGAACACCAUGCCGAACACCAUGCCGAACACCAUGCCGAACACCAUGCCGAACACCAUGCCGAACGCGAUGCAGAACGCCUUGCCGAAACCCAUGCCGACCGGCGCCAUGUAAGAAAUGCAAGCCCCGUAAACCUUGUAAACCUUGCAAACCUUGCAGUCCUUGUGUACCAGCUUCUAAAUGUAGGCCUUGUUCACCAGCGCCGCGAUGUGGCAGAUGCGCAACACCUCCUGCAUGCAGGCCGUGCGUAUCUCCGCCAAAGUGCCGGCCGUGUCCUCCAGCACCUUGCUUACCGCUGCCAUGCAAUAGUCCCUGUGGGCCAUGUGCAGCGCCCUGCAAGGAUUAUUGUUGUAGCUCACCCUGCACUACACCUUGCAAAAGUUCACCUUGUUUAAGGCCGUGUCCUGUUGGAUAUAAAAGACCCCGCAAGAUUCGCAGCCAUCCUAAAAUUAAAGCUCAUCGAAAAUUAUUCUCUCCGUGCUACAAUCGCGCCAAAACAUGUCCAGUGGUGCGGUGUCGCAGCGUGCCCGACCCAUGUCAAGGUUGUUGCACUCUUUCUCCCUGCCCACCUAGAAAAUGUUGCUCAGUCUUUCCCUAUCGGCCUCGCAAGUGUUACCCAAUGUUUCCAUGCUCUCCUCGAAAAUGCUACGUGACACCCUGCCCACCUCGGAAAUGCUGCCCGUCACCAUACAUGCCACCAUUUCCGUUACCGUGCGUGAUUCCACGUCCACCUCGUUGCUGCCAGUCACCCUGCUUGCCUCAGAAAUGUUGCAUUCCAACACCAUGUACUCCGCAAAAGUGUUGCUCGACAUCGCGCUACAAGCUAAGUCCCAAUUGUUGCAAGAGUAACUGCACAAACUGCUGUUUAUGA